AUGGCCACAGUAGCAAUUAACGCAAGGAAAUCACGGCCCCUUGGUUUGCUUGAGAAAUAUCAGCUCUCCAAGCAGUUAACCAAAGCGUAUGGUAACAUUACGUUGACAGCCGAGCUUGAACAUCCUGUUCUUUAUCACGACACCAUGCUAGCUAAUGAUCAAGAAAAAUUGUACCAGCACAGCUUUGCUCCAGCCCUCACGUGUUUGGUGCAAACACAUCCCCAUCUAUCAUUAACUGUGCGUGACAAGACAGAAAGCACAGCUCAUUUCGUUCAGCUGGAUACAAUCAACCUGGCAGACAACGUGCAAUUGACCGACAUCGCAUCAUUGCAAGACCUCAUUGCAGAGCAAACAGGCGCCGAAUUCGAUGUGGAUACAUUGCUUCCUCUUUGGCGUAUAAAGAUCAUGCCUCAAACAUCUACUAGUUGCAUUGUUGUAUUGGCUGUACAUCACAUCAUUUUCGAUGGCAUGAGCUUGACGACUUUCUGGGGCGAUUUCUUGAAGAAGCUGAAUGCCAAGCAGGAAUCUCAAAUGGUUGACAAGGAGGAAGGCUUGAUCAUUCGUGUAAAGGAAGCAACAGUGCCUCUUCCUUAUGAGGCAUCAGGUGCUCCUUCUUUGUCCCUUACUUGGGAUGUUGUUCCUGUUUUGUGCCAUUCUUUGAUUCCCAAGUUAUUGCCGACUGCAAUUGCUCGUUAUGUCGAUCCUGUGUCUUAUGAUGGUUGGAAAGGAGACUUUGCUGCAAUUGAUGGCGAGGCACACAAUACGGAUGUGCGAUUGAUCUCUGUGCCUUGUGACAUUUGGAAACCCAUCAUGAAUGAGUGCAAGCGUCAAGGCAUCUCCGUUCAUGCCAUCUUGUUCAUGGCCCUAAUGUUGACAUGGAAACGCUUGUAUCCUGACCAAACAACCGAAGCGUCUACUCCGAUCAAUUGCCGUGGAUUGUGCAACCCACCUGUUCCUAACAACCAGAUAGGCAACUUUGUAGGUGCUUACACGAGUAUUUGGACAGGAAAGCAAUUACAACAAGACAUUUGGUUAUUGGCUAAAAAGUACCACAAUGAUUUGAACAAAAACAAGAUAGAUGGAGCCAAGCAACCAUUGUUUCUCAAGUACCUGCCUGAAUUCCCGGCAUCCUACUGUGAUUUCUGGUAUGAUAAGAGAAAGAACUCUGCAAUGGGUAGAGCAGGUGGCAUCGAGUUAUCUGAUCUGGGAAGAUUUUCAUGUCCUUCUCAGCAAGACACCGCUUGGAAAGUCAAGCAAAUGUAUUUCUGCCAGAGCGCCCAGACAUUUACCAAUGCAUUUCACUUGAACUCAGUGACCACAAAUGACACCUUGUUCUGUACUGUAUCUUGGCAAAAGGGCUCACUAGAUACUGCUAAGAUCAACAAAUUUCAUGAUACCUUUAUUGGCAUUUUAAAGAAUCUUCCUUUGAAAGAAUUAAUAAAUUAA